UCCCAGCCCCCCGGGCGGGCCCCGCUCAUUGGCGCGGCGGCCCCUCCAGGACCGGCACAUUGUUCCCCGCCCCCGCCUCGGCCACCGCCACCGCCGUCGCCGCCGCGCCACCGGGCUAUAAAAAGCGGCCUAGCCCAGAAAGGUGCGGAUGCUUAUUAUCCAUCAGCGCCCGGAGCCCGGUUCUCCGCUGCGGCUUUUGGGAACGAGCUCCGCGAAUAGCCUGCCACAGACCCCUCGAGAGCUGCGACUCUCCCUCUGGGCCAUGGACUCGGACGCCAGCCUGGUGUCCAGCCGCCCGUCGUCGCCAGAGCCCGAUGACCUUUUCCUCCCGGCCCGGAGCAAGGGCAGCGGCGGCGGCAGCGCUUUCACGGGGGGCACCGUGUCCUCGUCCACGCCCAGCGACUGCCCGCCCGAGCUGAGCGCUGAGCUGCGCGGCGCCAUGGGCGCUGCGGGCGCGCACCCCGGGGACAAGUUGGGCGGCGGGGGCGGCGGCUUCAAGUCCUCCUCGUCCAGCACCUCGUCGUCGUCCACGUCGUCGUCGUCGUCGUCGUCGGCCGCGGCGGCCGCGUCGUCCACCAAGAAGGAUAAGAAGCAGAUGACGGAGCCCGAGCUGCAGCAGCUGCGCCUGAAGAUCAACAGCCGCGAGCGCAAGCGCAUGCACGACCUCAACAUCGCCAUGGACGGGCUGCGCGAGGUCAUGCCCUACGCGCACGGCCCGUCGGUGCGCAAGCUGUCCAAGAUCGCCACGCUGCUGCUGGCGCGCAACUACAUCCUCAUGCUCACCAACUCGCUGGAGGAGAUGAAGCGCCUGGUGAGCGAGAUCUACGGCGGUCACCACGCCGGCUUCCACCCGUCGGCCUGCGGCGGCCUGGCACACUCGGCGCCGCUGCCCGCCGCGCCCGCGCACCCCGCGGCCGCCGCCGCCGCCGCCGCCGCCGCGCACGCUGCGCACCACCCCGCCGUGCAUCACCCCAUCCUGCCGCCCGCCGCCGCCGCCGCCGCCGCUGCCGCCGCCGCCGCCGCCGUGUCCAGCGCCUCCCUGCCGGGCUCGGGGCUGUCCUCGGUGGGCGCCAUCCGGCCCCCGCACGCGCUGCUCAAGUCCCCCGCGGCCGCGGCCGCGGCGGCGGGCGGCCCGCUAGGGGGCGGCGGCGGCGGCGGGGGCGGCGGCGGCGGCAGCGGCGGCUUCCAGCACUGGGGCGGCCUCCCCUGCCCGUGCAGCAUGUGCCAGGUGCCGCCGCCGCACCACCACGUGUCGGCCAUGGGCGCCGGCAGCCUGCCGCGCCUCACCUCCGACGCCAAGUGA